AUGCGCAGCCAGCAACAUGAAACAGAGCCUGGAGGAGGGCGCCCGGGCCCCAGUUCGGGCAGCAGCGGCCCAGCGGCAGGCGCUGCCGUCGCCGCCGCCAACCCGCCCGCCGCGUCCUCGCCGCGGGCGGCGUCAGCGCCCUCUGGCGCCGACCUGCGUGCCACGGCUCCCCAGGCCCUCGCUGCGGUCAGAGGCAGCGUGGACGGGCAGGGCGCGGCGGCAACCGCGCAGCAGCCGCAGCCGCGGGGCGAGGCGGCGCCUGGUGCGGCGGUGCAGCAGCCGCGGCCGCCUGCGGGCACAGCCACCGCCGCCAGCAGCGACCGCACAGAGUCUGUGGGUGACGUGGCAUGCCAGCGGGGCGCCGUGGCGGCCGCAGCGGGGCCGCCGCUGCCGCAGGCACAGCAGCAGGGUGGCCACAGCAGCCUAAUGCAGGAGCUGCAGGAGGCCAUCCACAAUUCCCUGCAAGGCGUCUGGCCGCCAGCUGUGCGCACCAGCCAGGCCCAGGGCGGCGCCGCCGGCGCUGGGCAGUGCCGAGCGCGGCAGCAGGAGCAGGGCGCGCCGGCUGCGCCGCCGCCGUCUGGCAGAGAGCAGGCGGCAGAGCAGCCGCCGCCGCCGCCGCCGCAGCAGCAGCAGCAGCCGGUGGCGGGAGCGGCGCCGGCGGCAGCCCCGGCUGACAGCGACGGUCCCCUGAUGCUGUUCCAUCAUUGGGCGGGCGUGUCAAGCAUCACAGGCAUGCAGGGCGAGGAUGCGGAGCCGGCAGCAGAGGAGGCAGCGGCCGGGGAGCGGCCCGGCCAGGCGCGGCACGCCCCCCCGCCCUCCCCUCGGCAGCAGCCGCAGCAGCAGCAGCGGCCGCAGGCAGCGGCAGCCCUGGCGGGGAGCCCCCUGGCGGCGCAGCAGCUGCAGGCGGGGCCGGCCACCCUGGCGCAGGGCUGCAGCCCAGCGCUGGGGCAGCUGGGCGCGGCAGGCGUGGCGUCGCCCACGAUUAUGAGGGGCGGCAGCUACGCCGAGCUGGGCGCCGCCCUCCCUGCGCUGCCUGCCGGAUACUAUGCCAUCCCCGCCCCCGGCAGGCAGGGCUUCUGGCUCGCCCCCGCGGCGGCUUUUCCCAGCCCCGUCCGGCCACAGAUGGUGCCGCUUCCGGUGCCGGUGCUACCGGGCGGCACGCCGCGGGCCGCGGCCACGCCGCUGCCGGUGCCGCUGCCAGGCGUCACACCCGCUCAGGCGCAGCCGGCGGCGGCCGCUGGCAGCACGCCACGCGUGCCGGGCCUGCCGGGCCUGCCCCCCGUCCUAGCCAGCCCCGAGGUGUAUGGCCGGCAGCCAGAGGCAGGCAGCUAUCAGCCGCUGCCGCCCCGCCAGUUCCCGGCCUCCCUGGGGGCGGCGGCGGCGGCGGCGCGGCCGGCCGCACGCUACCUGCCCGCCGUCGCCUACCCGCCGCCGCAGCCGUGGCACGGCUCCGUGCAGGCGCUGGCGCGGCCGGCGGCGGGGCACGCGCAGCCCUACCAACACCUGCAGCAGCAUGCAGGGCAGCCGAUGGCGGCGCACCUGGCGGUGGGCCCGGCACUGACUGAAGUGUCUGUGGCGGCAGCGCAGCAGCGGGAGGAGCAGCCGCAGGAGCCGCAGGCAGAGGGGGAGGAGGCGGAGGAGGAGGCGGAGGCGGCAGCAGAGGAGGAGGAGGAGGGACGGCGGCAGCAGAGGGACGCAGCGGCGGCGCAGGCCCCGGCAGCAGCCCCGGCAGCAGCGGAGGAGGAGGAGGAGGAGGAGGCGCGGGAGCAGGCCCCGCCUCCACCACCGCCUCCCCCACCACCGCCGCCGGCGGUCAACACUGCAGCGGCGCCCCAGCAGCCUGCCGCGGCAGCAGCAGCAGCAGCAGCAGCGCCGCCGCUGGCCGGUGCGGCGGCUGGCAGCGGGCCCGCAGCCGGCAGCGGCAGCGGCCGCGCCGGCGGCACCGGCGGUCGUGUCGGCGGCAGCGGGGGUCGCACCGGCGGCAGCGGCGGGCGCGCCGGCGGCAGCAGCGGCCGCAGCGGGGGCCGCACGGGCGGCACGGGCGGCAGCAGCGGGCGCACCGUGGGCCAGUCCACGCCCACGCAGCUGUCGCUGCCGGUACUGCCACCUGGGCUGUACCUGGGCAUGGUACCGCAGGGCUGCGCCUCUCCCGUGGGCAGCCCCAGCCACCUGCAGCUCAUGCAGCAGCAGCAGCUGCAGCUGGAGCAGGCCCACCAGCAGGAGCAGCUGCUGCUGCAGCACAAGCAGCAGAUGGAGCUGCUGAGGCAGCGGCAGGCGCAGGAGGCCGCCGCCGCCGCCGCAGCAGCAGCCGAGGCCGCCGAGGCAGCGCAGGCUCAGCAGCACGCGCUGGCAGGGCCUGAGGAGGAGGCUGCUGCCGGCAUGCGUCCCGCGGCGGCGGGGCAGGGCGCGGGGCAGGGGCAGGGCGGCCACGGCGGCGGCCUGUCGGCGGUCUUUGGCGCCGCCCCCCAGUUCAGCGAUUCCCAGCUGUUUGCCGGACUCUCCAACAUGACUUUGCCCACCUUUGUGCACCAGCAUGGCGACGACCUGCUGCGCCACGUUGUGGGCGAGGUGGUGCAGCCGCCGCACCGGCGGCUGCCUGCCACUGCGGCUGCAGAGGAGGAGGAGGAGGGGGAGGGCGCGGGCCCACGGCAAGCGUUGAAGCUGGCAGGGGCGCGGCGGGGGCCGGCGGCGCAGCGGUGGGGCGCCGACGGCGGCGGCGGCGGCUCCCUGUGCUCUGGCGGCCACCUGCUGCCUGCACGGCAGCUGGGAGAGGGGGACAGCCCGCGGCUGCUGCAGGCGGCGGAGGCUCUGCGGCGGGACGGCGGCCAGCUGCAGCGUGAGGAGGAGGAGGAGGAGGAGGAGGAGGGGCGGUGUGGCGGCGAGGGGUCUGAUGACGAUGCCUCGGGGCCGCGCCGCGCCGCCCAGCUCGCAGCAGCGCAGCGGAUUCAGCAGCAGCAGCAGCGGCAGCAGGCGCCCGCCGCCCCGGGGAGCGGCAGCCAGGCGGCGCAGCAGGCGGGCGGCGGCGGCGCGGCGGGGCCGCGGCGGCAGCAGGGGUCGAUGGCGCCGCCGCCGCCGCGGCCGCCGCCGCCGCUGCCGGACCGCCAGCGGCAGCAGCUGUACAAGGCGAGCUCUGUGGCGGGACGGUGGGCUCAGAAGGCGGUGAGGGCAGACUGGGCUGACAUCCAGCGGCGCAAGCACUUUGAGCAGGCGGCGGCGGAGGAGGAGGUGCGGCGGGCGGCGGCGGCGGCCGCGUUCGCCGCGCGUUCGCCGCCCCGCGCCGCGCACCGCGCCGUGCCGGCGGGAGCUCCCCGCCGCAUGGCCCCGGGCUGGGCCGCGGAAGCUGCCCCACCCUCCCGCAGCAGCAGCAGCGGCAGUGAUGAGGAUGAUGAUGAUGAGGAGGAGCAAAGCGUGAGCGAGUGGCAUCUAGAGGAUGAGCCUCCCCGGCGCCAGCAGCGCCGCUGGAACCGGCGGCCUGCGGUGCUGCAGGCCGCGCAGUCGCCGGCGGUGGCGCAGCUGGCGGCGCGGGCCGAGGCGGCGGCGGCGGGGGCUUUGGCAGGGCACAAGCUGCAGAAGCUGCGUGGCAGGCCGCCCACCAAGGACCCAGCAGCUACCGAGGCCUGGUGGCGGCACCAGGCCGCUGUGGAGGCAGCAGCAGCGGCCGAGCGGCUGCGCAGGCAAGCGGCGUCGCCGCGGCAGGCGCGGCAGCUGGCGCCCCCCGCGGCGCGCCGCCGCAGGCAGGACGACGCAGCGCCGCCGCCCCCGGCGGAGCGCCCCUCUUCGGCUGCCCGGGCUGCCGUGCAGCAGCAGCAGCAAGUCGCAGCGCCGCAGCAGCAGCUCCGGCAGCAGCAGGCCGCGGCGCAACAGCAGCAGCAGCAGGCGGCGGCAGCGGCGCCGGGAGGGGAGGCGCCCGCGCUGCGCCGCAGCAGCCGCCCCACCAAGGGCGUCAACCCUCGCCUGGUCAGCCCGGAUGAGCAGCUGGAGCUCUGGUUGCUCGCCCCUCGGCGGCAGCAGCAGCGCAGCGGCUCGGAGGCGGGAGAGGAGGAGGUGGUGGUGGAGGACGAGGAGGAGGAGAGGGGACAAGACAGCAGCGACGAGGCACUGAGUGUGGGAGAGCUGAGCGGGUCAGAGGCGGAGGAGGCUGCGGCUGCUGCUGCUGCGGUGGCUGCGGGGCCCCGCCCGCAGCUCGCCGCGCCGCUGCUGUGGCCCGCGGCGUGCGACCGGCCGCGGCGGCCGCUGCUGCUGGCGCCGCGCCGGCGGUCGGAGUAUCACCAGGAGUUGUCGGUUCUGCUGCGGCCGCACAGCUUGACGAGCGGGCCGCCGCCGCUGCAGCCGGCGCCCAGCCACACGCUCUCCGAGGUGGAGCAGCGGGAGGAGGAGGAGGAGGGGGUGCAGCAGCGGCGGGAGGAGCGGCGGCGGGAGGAGGAGGAGGAGGGAGCUGAGGAGGUACCCGCCCGCUGCUCGCCGCUCCCCGCCUGGGAGGGGCGGCGGCAGCAGCCCAUCCGCCGCCGCCCGCGCUCGCCGUUUGCCGGGGCGCGCGGCGCGGCGCAGGCGCAGGCGCAGGCGCAGGCCCAGGCUCAGCUGCAGGAGCAGCAGGAGGCUGCCGCCGUGGCAUCGGAAGAGGAGGAAGAGGAGGAGGACGAUGUCGAUGGCGGCGCCCCAGCCGACCCUGCGCUGCUGGCAGAUCUCAAGGCGGCCGCCGCGCGCGUGGCGGCAGAGGCAUUUGGAGCGCCGGCGCCAGCACCUGCACCUGCGCCCGCUGCCGUCAUCCGGAAUGCGUUGGAGCAGCCCCCUGCUCGGUGA